UUGAAAAUUCGAACCGAACCAUAAACAUGAAAUGCAACCGAAUCCAGACCUUGUCCGAGCCAUCGCCAACCGCUAUGCCGCGAAUCUCCGCCUCUGUUUGCCGCUCCGAAGAACGUCUCUGCAACUCGCGCGAGCUGUCCAUGGGAAUAUCAUUACUUUCGGGUUCCAGCCACAUGCCCAUAUCCUGAACCGUUUGAUUGAUGUUUAUUGUAAAUCGUCAGAGCUUGAUUAUGCACGCCAACUGUUCGAUGAAAUCUCUGAACCAGAUAAAAUCGCUAGAACCACCAUGGUUUCCGGGUAUUGUGCUUCUGGGGACAUCGCCCUCGCUCGGUCGGUUUUCGAGGAGACUCCUGUGAGUAUGCGAGAUACUGUGAUGUACAAUGCGAUGAUCACUGGCUUCUCACAUAACAAUGAUGGCUACUCUGCUAUUAACCUGUUUUGUAAGAUGAAGCAUGAAGGAUUCAAACCUGAUAACUUCACUUACGCAAGUGUUCUCGCAGGUUUAGCGCUAGUUGUCGAUGAUGAGAAGCAAUGUGUGCAAUUUCAUGCCGCAGCUUUGAAAUCUGGUGCUGGUUAUAUUACUUCGGUUUCGAACGCUCUGGUGUCUGUGUAUUCGAGAUGUGCUUCUUCGCCGUCUCUGCUACAUUCAGCUAGAAAAGUGUUUGAUGAGAUCCCUGAGAAAGAUGAGAGGUCGUGGACGACUAUGAUGACGGGUUAUGUAAAGAAUGGUUGUUUUGAUUUAGGGAAAGAGUUGCUUGAGGGGAUGGACGAAAAUAUGAAGCUGGUUGCUUAUAAUGCUAUGAUUUCUGGUUAUGUUAAUUGCGGUUUGUAUCAGGAGGCAUUGGAGAUGGUUAGAAGGAUGGUUUCAUCAGGAAUUGAGCUUGAUGAGUUUACAUAUCCUAGCGUUAUAAGGGCGUGUGCCACUGCUGGAUUGCUUCAGUUGGGAAAGCAAGUUCAUGCUUAUGUAUUAAGAAGGGAGGAUUUCUCGUUUCAUUUUGACAAUUCGUUAGUUUCGUUAUACUACAAAUGCGGUAAGUUUGAUGAGGCAAGAGCCAUUUUCGAGAAAAUGCCGGCAAAAGACUUGGUUUCUUGGAAUGCGUUGUUGUCAGGGUAUGUUAGUUCUGGGCACAUAGGUGAGGCGAAGUUGAUUUUCAAAGAGAUGAAAGAGAAGAAUAUUCUAUCAUUGAUGAUAAUGAUAUCUGGGUUAGCUGAAAACGGGUUUGGAGAAGAAGGUUUGAAGCUGUUUUCUUGUAUGAAGAGAGAAGGUUUCGAGCCUUGUGAUUACGCGUUUUCUGGGGCAAUCAAAUCAUGUGCCGUGUUGGGAGCGUAUUGCAACGGGCAACAGUUCCAUGCACAGUUGGUUAAAAUAGGGUUUGACUCUAGCCUCUCUGCUGGAAACGCUCUCAUUACUAUGUAUGCCAAAUGCGGGGUUGUGGAGGAAGCUCGACAGGUGUUUCGAACUAUGCCUUGUCUGGAUUCAGUUUCGUGGAAUGCGUUGAUUGCUGCACUGGGACAGCAUGGCCAUGGUGUUGAAGCAGUAGAUGUGUAUGAGGAGAUGUUAAAGAAAGGGAUAAGACCCGAUCGGAUUACGUUGCUUACAGUUUUGACAGCAUGUAGCCACGCGGGUUUAGUCGACCAGGGACGGAAAUAUUUUGAUUCUAUGGAGACUGUUUACUGUAUACCUCCAGGUGCAGAUCAUUACGCAAGGCUGAUCGAUUUGCUUUGUCGUUCUGGGAAAUUCACUGAUGCUGAAAGUGUAAUCGAAUCAUUACCUUUCAAACCUACUGCAGAAAUCUGGGAAGCUCUUCUUUCUGGUUGCAGAGUCCAUGGAAACAUGGAUCUAGGGAUCAUCGCUGCAGACAAACUCUUCGGUCUCAUACCAGAACAUGAUGGGACAUACAUGCUCUUAUCGAACAUGUACGCAGCUACUGGCCAGUGGGAGGAAGUGGCAAGGGUACGUAAACUAAUGCGGGAUCGAGGGGUAAAAAAGGAAGUGGCUUGUAGUUGGAUUGAAAUGGAGACACAAGUGCAUACAUUUCUGGUUGAUGAUACAUCACAUCCAGAAGCAGACGCUGUUUACAAGUAUCUUCAAGACCUGGGUAAAGAGAUGAGGAGACUCGGGUAUGUACCAGACACGAGCUUCGUGUUGCACGACGUAGAGUCUGAUGGUCACAAGGAAGACAUGUUGACUACUCAUAGUGAGAAGAUUGCGGUUGCUUUUGGGCUAAUGAAACUUCCUCCUGGAACAACCAUUAGGAUUUUCAAGAACUUAAGGACUUGCGGAGAUUGUCACAAUUUCUUCAGGUUCUUAUCGCGAGUGGUGCAGCGAGACAUUAUUUUGAGAGACAGGAAGAGGUUUCAUCAUUUCCGGAAUGGCGAGUGUUCUUGUGGUAACUUCUGGUAGGCGAGGGAUUCGUGUUUGGCAAAUUCCAUUUAGACUAUCAUUCUUACAUUUUUUUGCAAGGAGAAAGCACCAGUAAAUAAAGAGACUCAAGGAGAACAGCUCUUGAAUCCUGCUGAGUCAGAUGUUGAAGACAUACCAUAUUCAUUGUUCUUGCAGAUUGCUGCAUCUCCUCUAGCAAAUCCCUUAUACCCUAAUAAUACUUGCUUCCCAAG